GCUGCUCUGAGCGCCCCCUCAGACGACGCUUUCCGAUGACCGAUGACUCGCUCCGGCCAGGGAAGGUGCUUCCCAAGGCUCUCAGCUCGUUAAUAAUCCUUGCGCUCGUGUUGCGGUCAAAGAUUUCUCUCCGUGUCUCUGUCCCCCGUUACCAUACUGUUACCCUUUGACCCUCGCGCACAGUCUCGCGUUAUUCCUAUCUGCCCCCUCUUAUAGACAAUAUCGCAACCCUCGCUGUGACUCGUCUCUCCCCCGGGUCGCAUCCAGCCUCCUGAACCGUCGCUCACCUCACAAGACCCUCCGCGCCGCUUAAUUCGGUCGAAGGCAUUGGACAGGCCCCGGUGGCCUCUGUGACAAGAGAUUGGGUGGUACAACCGCUAUAAAGCGCCCGGAUGGUUGUCACAAGGUGUACGGUCGCAGCUGUGCUGCUUCAACUCGCCGCACAGGCUGUGGCUCACGGCGACGAUGAGCAUUGUGAUGGUAAUAUGUGUGGUAUGAUGAAGCCGGAAGCCCACAAUGAGGGUGGUGAACCUGAUUACUAUGCCAUGCCGAGCUAUGCCGGUCUUGGAAUGCAUGGAAACAUGAUGCUGGCACACAUCGUCUUCAUGGUACUCGCAUGGAUCUUCACCCUACCUAUUGGUGAGUUAGCCAGGCAGUCAGCAAAGGGAGCAUACUGACGAGGUGAGGCGUCAUGUUCAGCGCCGCACGAUCCAGAUAUGCUCUCCCAGCUCAGUUCCUUUUCCUCGUCCUCAACGGGUUUGGAGUGCUGUUCGGGACAAUAUACAACAUUAAUACUCCGGAUUUAUACGAGAACAAUGCCCACCACAAAAUCGGCUGGAUCGCAACGUGGAUUGUUACCGCUCAGGUGAUUAUGAGCCUGGUCUUCCACUACUCGGGUAGGGGCAAACAAUCAGAGGCUUCAACUCCUGAGCGACAAGCCUUUUUGCCCGUUUCCACCGAGAACAUGGUACAGCACAACAUGGAGCCAUAUGCGGAGUGUCGUUGGUCCGGGGAUAGUGGCCAAGGGACCGAGGCCUCAUCCACGCUCAACAGCCGCGAUGCUUCUCCUACCAAGCUCAAGCGGCGAAACACCGACGAUAGUUUGGGAAAGCCAGAGCCAGAGCAGGAGCCGGACGAUGAGGGAGAAGAGCCACUGCCAGCACGACAUCAGCCUCAAGUAGCCUGGUUGCGCAUCAACGUCAUUGACAAAUAUCUCUCGUCUCGUGUCCCCAAUCUGCUCUCAGCUAAGAUUCUGCGAGCGAUUGAGAUCGUCUACCAAGUUAUCGACCGAACCAUCUUGAUCCUCGGAUUCAUCGCGCUGACCACGGGAGUGGUAACUUAUGCUGGCAUGUUUCGAGGAAACAACGUCUUCAAUGGACUUGCACAUUUUAUCAAAGGAGGAAUAUUCUUUUGGUAUGGAUUGUUAACACUUGGACGUUGGAUGGGGUGCUUUGCCGAGUUUGGCUGGGCAUGGAACCUCAAGCCGACCCGCAGCGAGGUGGGCCAAUGGAAAGCCCGUAUCCCAUCGGCUGAAUUCGUCGAGUCCUUCGUCAUCUGGCUCUAUGGCAGUACCAACGUCUUCCUUGAACAUCUUGCUGCUUGGGGUCAUCAAUGGACUGCGCAGGAUCUCGAACAUGUCUCCAUUUCCAUCAUGUUCUUCGGAGGAGGCCUGUUGGGCAUGCUUGUCGAAUCGAAACGCGUCCGAAGAUGCCUCAAUACCGUGGUUGAUAACAUGCCGGCUCGAACAGAAGUGCCUCCUAGUGAAGCACUCGAACUGCGCAGCCCUCCAAAACAAUAUGGCACAUCUCUCAACCCAAUGCCUGCUUUGAUCAUCCUCCUGUUGGGUCUUAUGAUGUCUUCUCAUCACCAGGACUCGAUGACCUCGACCACAGUUCACAAGCAGUGGGGUAACCUCCUCGGUGGCUUCGCUGUCGCCCGCUUGGUCACCUAUGUGAUCAUUUAUAUCUCUCCACCAAGCUCGGUCUAUCCCUCUCGACCACCAACCGAGCUGAUCUCCGCCUUCUGCCUGAUCUCGGGUGGUCUCGUCUUCAUGGCCAGCACCAGAGACAUCAUCCAUUUCAUGGAAGGCGCGGAUCUGAUGGCCAUGUUCGUCUUCACUGUCGUGAUGGGCUUCACAGCCUUCAUCAUGUCCUACGAAGUCUUUGUGCUCUGCCUCAAGGGAUGGGCGACCCGAAAAGAGCUCAAUGCGGCUCGAACCUCAGUUCGAUACUGAGCUAUUCGUCGAUGAUUGAAUCGUCGCAGGUCCAAAAAUUUUGGAGAUGAAAAGAAUAAGAGGAGGUAAUAUCAAAAUACCCAGGUGUUUAUGUUUUUCGCAAUCAUUCUGCCGGACGGUUGGAGCUAAUACUGCAUGGUCCGCAAGUGAUACCAUCAUUGACGACAUUGACGAAUCCGCAAUGGGUUAUUCAUAAUGGGGGAUUGGAUUCUUGAAUUUUGAACGAUACCCAAGAUGCCUGCGCGCGUCCUGCACUCUCUGGCUAUUGAUACCCCAACCUAGAGGCAUUGUUUAUAGAUCGUACUCAUUGUCAGCACUGUUGCUUAGCAAGAUUGGACUAAUUAAGAUGGAAUUCUCGUACCAAAA